GCCAUACUGGGCCCAACCGCCAGUGAGUGUGUGUGGGGGGCCGGCAAGGGUCUCGUGGGCAGAGGCGGCAACAUGGACAACCUCUUCGUGGAGGAGGUGGCCGCCUCGUUGGUCAGGGAGUUCCUCAGCAGAAAGGGCUUAAAGAAGACCAGCGUGACCAUGGACCAGGAACGGCCACGCUCAGAUCUCAGCAUUAACAGCAGGAAUGAUCUGCGUAAGGUUCUGCAUCUGGAAUUCCUCUACAAGGAGAACAAGGCAAAGGAAAAUCCACUGAAAACAAACCUUGAACUUAUCACCAGAUAUUUUCUGGAUUACGUUGGACAUGCAGCCAACAGUUUAACUCAAGCAACUCCAAUCCCUGCCCUCUCACUUCCCAAGAAGAGUAACAAGUUGCCACCAAGGUGCUCUGAGACCAUGCUGGUCAAUAUAUAUGACCUUUCAGAUGAGGAUGUGGGCUGGAGAAGCUCGCUGGCGGAAGCAAGCAAAGCCAGACAUGACAAUCCUGAUGGGGAUGUGCUUGGUAAUUCUGUGUCAUCUAAAAGGUCGCCACACAAAAGUAAGCCCCUGCACACAGUCGCGGGUGAUAGCCUGCCCUUGUCUUCUGCAUGGGAGAAGACGGAAAAACAGCACCCAGAGCCCACUGUGGACAUGAAGAAGGCAGGAGAGAAGAACAGGCCCAAGGCGGGCCUCAUUGUGCGAGGCAUGAUGGCUGGACCCAUGGCCAGCUCCCCACAGGAUUCUUUCCGCAGGCGCUCUCUGAGGCGGUCCCCAGCCACAGGCAGCGUGACCCACGCCCAAGAGGAGGAGACUGGGAAGGUGCCUGAGCCCUCCACCUGUCCUACGGCCAGUCCAGCGCCACAGGAGGUCCUGGCUUUGGGCAGUGGUUCCACCUCCAGGAGCCCCCUGGGUCUGCUCAGAGACCAGAGCACAGAAAGGCACAAGACUCCUGCCAGCAGCCCUUCCCACCUGCCCAGCAGAGGGCUGCCCCCACCGGAGAGAGCCAGAUCCAAAGAGCUCUCAGAGGACAGUCUCCCAACAGACAGCAGCCCAGAUGUGGACAGGACGCCCUUCAAGUUCUCCCUGCCUGGUGGGAAUUCCAGGAUGAGCCAGGAGAGGCUGGAGAGAGCAUUCCGGCGCCAGAGCGGCCAGCCCCCGGCUCUCAGGAAACCUCCACUGCCAGCAUUUGAGAAGGAAGAUGGGGAAUUGAACAUCCUGCAGCUUGAGGACGUGGAGGAUGACUUGGUAAGGGAAGACAUUGUCCUGCCUCCGGCUCCAUCGAUACUCAAGCUGCAAGCAGUGUCCAAGCCCAUUGACCUCUCAGUAGCCAAGGAAAUAAAGACUCUUCUGUUUGGCUCCAGCUUUUGCUGUUUCAAUGAAGAGUGGAAGCUGCAGAGUUUUACCUUCAAUGAGGUGGCCUCGUUGAGAUAUGGCAUUGUGCAAAGAAAGGGGGGCCCUUGCGGAGUGCUGGCUGCUGUCCAGAGCUGUGUCCUGCAGAAACUCCUGUUCACAGGAGAUGGUGGAGCCGGCUGUGCUCGGCUCCUGCAGCCUUCUGACGCACACAGGACGCACUGUCUCGCCCUGGCCAUUGCGGAUAUCUUGUGGCGGGCUGGCGGCCGGGAGCGAGCCGUGGUUACCCUGGCUUCUGGAAGUCAGCAGUUCACUCCGACGGGGAAAUACAAAGCAGAUGGUGUUUUAGAAGUGCUUACACUGCACAGCCUGAGCUGCUACGAGGAGCUGGUGCUAUUUCUCCAGCAAAGCAUCCAGCAGUUUGAGGCAGGCCCCUACGGAUGCAUCCUGCUCACCCUCUCUGCCAUCCUAUCCAGGACUACAGAACUCGUCCGCCAGGACUUUGAUGUCCCCACCAGCCACCUGAUUGGCGCUCAUGGAUAUUGCACGCAGGAACUUGUCAAUCUGCUACUGACUGGGAAGGCCGUGUCCAACGUCUUCAAUGAUGUGGUGGAGCUGGACUCAGGACAAGGGAAUGUCACACUGCUCCGUGGCAUUGCCGAGCGCAGUGACAUCGGCUUCCUGUCCCUCUUUGAGCACUACAGUGUAUGCCAGGUGGGCUGCUUCCUAAAGACCCCUCGCUUCCCUAUCUGGGUGGUGUGCAGUGAGAGCCACUUCAGUGUCCUGUUCAGCCUGCAGCCCCAGCUCCUGUGUGACUGGAAGGCGGAGCGGCUCUUCGACCUGUACUACUACGAUGGCCUGGCCAACCAGCAGGAGCAGAUCCGGCUGACCGUAGAUACCACCCAGAUUUGUGCUGAAGACAAAGAUAAAGAUCUUGUCCCACCAUUGGAGCUGUGCAUCAGAACCAAGUGGAAGGGGGCCUUGGUGAACUGGAACGGCUCGGACCCCAUCCUGUGAUCCUCAGAUGGGGUGAGCCCUGUGUCUCCUCUGCUCCUCACUGGGGGCAACCCCAACCCCCCCACGCUCCCUGUGGACCUCAGGGGCGCAACUCUGAGAAGAGCAUCACCCUGACUUGGGCCAGCUUUGUUCCAGGUGCACCCAAAACCCUCCCGGCUCCUUCGCAUGGAGACCCUGACCAGGACUGAGCUGAGGGCUCUGUGCCUGGCUGCAGGACCUCUUGGCUGACCCUGACUGCCAAAGACUGGAAGGACAGUAAUGGGGCCUUGCUGCCUGCCUGCCUCCCUUCUGUGCUAUCCUCCUGGGCCCUUCACCAAGACACCUGAUGUGGGCCCUGGAGAUGUCUUUGGCUGGCUUUCUAUAAAACAAGGCUC